GUGAAGGGGAGAAGGAGGGAGGGAGGAAGAGGCGAGCGUAAGGUUUCGCAGGCGCUCCGGAAAAAAAGGAAGCGGCGCUUUGUGAUGCGCAGGCGGCGCCGUGUAGCUGGAGGAAGAGGAGCUCUCGCAGCCGAGCCCCAGCGUCUCUCCGCCCAGGGGACAGACAGGAGGCAGACAGGAGGGACGAGGGGGGGAGAAAAAAACACAGAGGAAGAGGGGGAGAGAGAGAAGAAGAAGGAAAAGUAAGGAAAAAGGAAAGGAAAAACGGGAUCGACGUUGACUGAGCCGCUGCGAUGGCGGCCAAAUCGGACGGCGUGCUGAAGAUGAAGAAGAGCGAUGUGGCGUUCACGCCCCUGCAGAACUCGGACCACUCGGGCUCGGUGCCGGGGCUCGCGGCGGGAUCGCGACCGGGUUCGGGCAGCGGCGAGGCGGAUUUUACGCGCGGUGAAGCGCGCUGCUGCGGUAAUGAGGACUCGACUUGCCUGCGGCUCGGCGGCGAGAGGCGGAAGUACGGCGCCUGGGACGGUCUGUGGCUGGUGGCCGCGGCCGCCGUGUACUUCGCCGAUGUCGCCACGGACGUGUGGCUCUCCGUCGACUACUACUUGCGCAACGACUACUGGUGGUUCGGCCUGACUCUCUUCUUUGUGGCGCUCGGUUCCAUCUCGGUACAGAUUUUCAGCUUCCGGUGGUUCGUGCACGACUUCAGCACCUCGGAGAGCGACGCCGCGGCCACCGACAGCAGCAGCAGGACUAAUGAGAAGCGCUCGGCGCCGUGCGCCGUCUGCCUCUGGUUCUUACAGUCCGUCAUUCACAUCCUGCAGCUCGGCCAGAUAUGGAGGUAUUUCCACACCAUCUACUUGGGCAUCCGGAGCAGGCGCAGUGGCGAGAACGACCGCUGGAGGUUCUACUGGAGGAUGGUGUACGAGUAUGCUGAUGUCAGCAUGCUCCACCUGCUCGCUACCUUCCUGGAGAGUGCGCCUCAGCUUGUCCUGCAGCUCUGCAUCAUCAUCCAGACUCACAAACUUCAGGCUGUGCAAGGAAUGACUGCUGCUGCCUCACUGGUGUCCUUGGCUUGGGCUCUGGCAUCCUACCAGAAGGCUUUACGAGAUUCACGUGAUGACAAGAAGCCUGUCAGCUACCUGGCCGUCAUUAUUCAGUUCUGCUGGCACUUCUUCACCAUUGCGGCACGUGUUGUGACCUUCGCCCUAUUCGCCUCCGUGUUCCAGCUCUACUUCGGAAUUUUCAUUGUGCUGCAUUGGUGCAUUAUGACCUUCUGGAUCGUUCAUUGCGAGACCGAGUUCUGCGUCACUAAGUGGGAGGAGAUCGUCUUUGACAUGGUAGUGGGGAUCAUCUACAUCUUCAGCUGGUUUAAUGUGAAGGAGGGACACACGCGCUGCCGUCUCUUCAUCUACUACCUGGUGAUCUUGUUGGAAAAUGCGGCGCUCAGCGCGCUCUGGUAUCUGUACCGCUCGCCGGUGGGCACCGACGCCUUCGCCGUUCCUGCUCUGUGUGUCAUCUUUUCCAGCUUCUUCACAGGAAUCGUUUUCAUGCUCAUGUACUACGCUUUCUUCCAUCCCAACGGGCCGAGAUUUGGACGCUCAGCCAGUCUGAGCCAGCUGGACGAUUCCAACGUGAACACCAGCUUUGCCAUGCCAACUGAAGGUGCUACCAAUUCCCUUCGCUCCAACAGGGGUGGCACACUGGCUAGGGACGCUGAUCGUGACGCUAAAUACACUGAACGAGAUGGAUGCGCCCCUGUUUUUCAAGUUCGUCCCACAGCUCCAUCCACGCCAUCCUCUCGCACGCCACGCGUGGAGGAAACCGUGAUCAGAAUAGACGUCUGCAGGAACCGAUACCCUGCCUGGGAAAGGCACGUGCUGGACCGUGGCAUACGCAGAGCCAUCUUGGCUAUCGCUAACUCUCCCACGCCACCUCGACUACAGUACAAGGAUGACAUGCUUGUCCAGGAGCGGCUGGAGUACGAGACCACGUUGUAGCUCUACCACUUUUACACAACUCAGUGCGUGGAACCUUAUAGUUUAUCAUCCAUUAACAGCAGGACUGUGGCAAUAACAUGACUAGCCGAGCGGGACUAUAGCCCUAUAGCAUUUAGCCAUGAUGUUGAUUGUCAUGGAUUGCAAAAAAAAAAAAAAUGGAAAAAAACAACAACAACAAAAACAAAUAAUAAUAUAUAUAAAAAAAAAAAGUAAUAGGCACAACAUGCUCACUCAUGUAAAGUUUUUAUUUUUCUUUUUUUGGUAGUUUUUAAUUUUUUCAAUAUUGUUUUUUUCCCCAUCAGUGUUGAGCAGAUAUCUAGUCAGGCCAUUCAUAAGAUUAUUCAGUGGAGUUAACGCCUCCACACUACUCCUUUUUAGUCGUCUAAAUAUAUUUAGUGUCGUUCAGGCCUUUAAAUAAUAAAUCUGCCAUAACGCAUUGGGAAUGCAGUGGGAUUUAAACCAUCAUUACACAGUGACACUAUUAGUCAUGUUGGACAACAGGACAAACCGGCGACCAAGUCUCGUGCUGAUAAAAAACUUGUGGAGACAAAAAGAAACUCUCCACGUCGAGGGGUGCUAAAACCCUCGAGUCGUCUGACAUCAGCAAAACUCUCGCAGUGCCAAAAAAAAUCCUGGUCCAUAAUGGACUCCAUAGUGGACAUGGUGGACCUGGAGUCUCUGCCAGUAACUGUACAUUAAAAAACAGGGCAGCAUUUCAGUCAUCUACUUGAAUAUUGUAUUAAAAAAAAAAAAAAAAAAAAAAAAGGUGAAUGAAAAAAAGCCACGUGGGACUGACCCAGGCUCUAACACACAACUUCUCUCCUGGAGAAGGAACCAGGCCAAGAAAUCACUUCCUGGCAGCUCGGCUCACGCUGGCUGAUACGGAUCCCUCAAGAAAAUGCUCACACACACACACACACACACACACACACACACACACGUAUGUACUGAGAAACACACACAACAUGGAGCCACAAUCCACAGCAGCCAAGCCCUCAACUGGAGCCAGGAUGGAUUCCACCGUCCUCCAAAAGAUUAAAGAUACAGUGUUCUGCUUGAGUCUGUGUGAACUCGCACGAGUGUUAAUGAUUACGAUUGUGUCCAUGUGUGUGUGAGUAUGUGUCGGUGUGUAUUCGCUCGGCAGUAACCAGACACGAUGUCCGCUCCGCCGGGUCACGUGUCGAGUCUACAGAAAUACAACAUCAUAUCUUUAAAUCUGCCAAAAAUCUCACCUGUAUAUGAAAGAAAAAAAAUCUGGUCUCUCUUUCAGUUUAAAGUGCUUCUUAGUAUCUUUUUAUAGGACGUCUGAAGAAGGCGACGACGUACGGAGACGACGGGAGACGAAGCAGGAUGCAGUAGGACAAGCACAAGACUCGAGCACAGCAAAAGUGGUUCCUGUACUGGGAGGAAAAAUGUCUGAAGUUCUCGACGCAAUCCCGAUGGCCUGCGUUGUUAGACUCGGACAAGGGUGUCUGUUGUCUUUCUUUAGAAGUGUGACAUUAAUCUUUUUCUUUGAUUUUAUAUCAGGAUUUUGAUGUAUUUGUGUAUGCGCGCUAGGCAUGUGCCAAUAUUCCCAAUAUUUGGUUAAUAUACGAUUAAUCACACAUUAUAGACAUAAAUUCUUUACACUACCCUGUGUUCAGUUCA